AGCGAUCGGACCCGAGACGCUAGAACCCAAAAGAGUAAUGUCCACGUUGUGUUCUGGAAGCGACAAUCUUAACCUGUUCCGAUCUCAUCCGGUCAUGUGAGGGUCAUGUGAUGCACUAUGACAGACUAGUGACUAAUGGUUUGGGGUGGUUAGGUAAUCAGGGACUGCAAUUAUCCGAAUCUCGGCAGUUUGGCGGAAUUUUAGCGGAAAAGAGAUCGAUUCUGGGGAUUCCUGGGGUUGACACUGACAUCUGUCACUACAGGAUGGGGGGCAUUAUUCAAUCUACAUUCGUGCUAUUAUGAUAAGAGUGUAAACAAG